CAGAUUGCCAGGGAGCACGGUAUUAGGUUUUUUGAAACUAGUGCAAAAGCAAAUAUAAACAUUGAGAAGGCAUUCCUCACAUUAGCAGAAGACAUUCUUCGAAAGGUAGGUGCUCACAGCAUUCCUUGGGAACAAAUAUCCUGAAAUUCCAGCUCUCCUGUUGUGCUGUUCAGCUGUGUUGUUGCACUUUGACUUUGCUGUGCUGAGGCAAAGCAGUCCCUGAAGGAGCAGGGCUGAACUUGUGCAGUUUGUUUGAUGUUUUGUUGUUGUAGGGGGCCUGCCCACAGGGAGUGACAUCCAUCAGAGCCAAGGAACUGAAAUUCCUGUUUGUUUGGCCCUUACACUCAUGGUGGUUGUGCCUGUGCUGGAGUUAAAUGUUUCCAUUGGUGUGGAGAGAAUUCUCCUUUCUGUCUGUGUCUGUCAGUGCUCUGACAGCUCAUGGAGAGAAUUCUCCUUUCCUGCACUGUGUCAGUGCUCUGACAGCUCGUGAGGGGCUGUUGGGAGCAGUUCAGGUGUGGAGGGUGGGGCAGGAAGGAGCUCUGCCCGUCCCAGCUGUGCUCCCAGCUGUGGCAUUUCCUUGGGGUUCCAUUGCCCCCCAUCAUCCGGUGGUUGGCUCCUCUUCCUGUGAGAUGCAGUGAACUAAUGAACCAUGGAAUCAGUGAGGCUGGAAAAGCUGAGAGC